GGAACACCAUCACCACCACCAUCAUCAUCUUGUAAUGAGCAGUUUGAGUAUGAACCAUCUGGUGAGGUGGGUGGGUUAAGAGAUGGGAUGUUCUUCAUCCAAAGUGGAUAAUGAAGAGUCAGUCCGGUUGUGUAAAGACAGGAAGAGGUUCAUUAAACAAGCAGUGGAAUAUAGGUUUCAGUUUGCCUCCGUUCACAUUGCUUAUAUCCAAUCAAUGAAGCGCGUCUCAGCUGCUCUUAGAGACUAUGUUGAGGUAGACGAGCCUCGCGAGUUCUGUUUGGAUCCAUUCACUGCUUCCCGGUCUCUCCCCCCACCUGUUAAGAGAGUGAAACCCUCUGGAUUCAUAUCCAUUGAACCCACAUUGAGAGUUAACUACUACCUUAGACCCCGUGGGAAUCCUUCGGUUUCUGUGGAGGAGAGACCACCUCAAACACCUGAAACAUUCAACAUUCACGCGUAUUCUCCUCCUGCGCAUCAUCAAUAUGGUGGGAUGGAUGAUGGGUUUUUCUCUAUGCGAUCUCCACCCACGAGCAAUAUGCCUGAUGCUUCUCCCCAGAAUAAUUCACCAUGGGAUUUUUUAUGGAACCCGUUUGCUUCAUUGGAUUACUAUGGUGGUUAUCCCACGGCAAGUAACAGCCCUGGUCCUGAAAUUUUGGAUGAUGAUGGGUUAAGGCACGUUAGGGAAACAGAAGGGAUCCCUGAUCUUGAAGAGGAGUCUGAAAAUGAAGAAGAAAGU